CUAACUCUUCCGUGCAUCGUGAGCAUAUUCAGGCCUCUUUACGACUCGGCUUGGCAAGAUGGCGGACGUACAAACCGAGAGGGCUUAUCAGAAGCAGCCUACAAUUUUCCAGAACAAAAAGCGUGUUCUGGCCGCCGAUGGAGCCAAGGAGAGCAAAGAAAAGCUCCCCCGCUACCACAAAAGUGUCGGGCUGGGCUUCAAAACCCCAAGAGAGGCUAUUGAUGGCACUUACAUAGACAAGAAAUGCCCCUUUACGGGAAACGUCUCCAUCCGUGGCCGUAUCCUCUCUGGCGUGGUGACUAAGAUGAAGAUGCAGAGGACCAUCGUCAUCAGACGCGACUACCUGCAUUACAUCCGCAAGUACAACCGCUUUGAGAAGCGACACAAGAACCUGUCGGUGCAUCUGUCGCCGUGUUUCAGGGAUGUCUCGAUCGGAGACAUUGUUACGGUCGGGGAGUGCAGACCACUCAGCAAGACUGUGAGGUUCAACGUCCUCAAGGUGACAAAGGCGGCUGGCGCCAAGAAGCAAUUCCAGAAGUUUUAAGCCCACUCGCAGAUAUUUCACCGUCACAUAAACUGUUUGAAUAAGCUU